CCCGCACUGCAGCAGCUGCGCCUCGCCUGUGGCUCUCAGGUCCGGGCAGAGUCACACGGAGCGUGGGGGAGGGGGCCGCGUCCCCUUGUCGGUUCCCGGGGGACCGAGGAGGGAGAUCCCUGUUCCUGCCCUCCCCUCGCCUCCCCCCGCGCUCGCCCAUCGGGGAGGAGGAAACGCGAGCAGCGCGCAGACACCUCCUCCUCGGCCCAGCGCUGCCGGCCGCGCCACGGCGCCUGUUGCUGCGACCGCGAAGGACCGCCGGGCCGCGCCACGAGAAGAGGCGGGAGACGCCGCGCGCUGCCCUCCGCCCGAACGCCGCGAGAGCUGAGCCGGGGGCGUGAUGGGCGCCCCGCCCUUCCAGGCCAACCCCGGGGCGCCCCCGAGCACCUGCGCGCCCCGGCGCCGCCCGGGGCUCUGAGCGCCCGCACAGGAGCCUGCCUCAGAAGCGUGGAAAAUAGAUUGCUCGGUCCAAAAUAGAAAACCAGUGGCAAGAAUUUGCUGAGUCUCUAGACCUUUCCCAAGAUGGAACCAAUAACAUUCACAGCAAGGAAACUUCCAUUGCCCAGUGAGGUCUCGGUGGCCUUCGGCCUCCAGCUGGUGGGCUCCCUGCCUGUGCACUCGCUGACCACCAUGCCCAUGCUGCCUUGGGUUGUGGCGGAGGUGCGGCGCCUCAGCGGCCAGUCCUCCAAAAAGGAGCCUGUGGUCAGACAAGUCCGGCUUUGGGUUUCGCCCUCUGGGCUGAGAUGUGAACCUGAUCCCGGGAGGAGUCAACAAUGGGAUCCUUUGAUCUGCUCGAGCAUCUUUGAGUGCAAGCCUCAGCGAGUCCACAAACUGAUCCACAACAGUCAUGACCCGAGCUACUUCGCGUGUCUGAUUAAGGAGGAUGCUGUCUACCGGCAGAGCGUCUGCUAUGUGUUCAAAGCAGAUGAUCAAACAAAAGUGCCUGAGAUCAUCAGCUCCAUCCGCCAGGCCGGGAAGAUCGCCCGCCAGGAGGAGCUGCGCUGCCCUUCGGAGUUUGACGACACCUUCGCCAAGAAGUUCGAGGUCCUUUUCUGCGGCCGCGUGACGGUGGCGCACAAGAAGGCGCCUCCGGCCCUGAUCGACGAGUGCAUCGAGAAGUUCAACAACAUCUGCUGCAGCCUGAGAGCGGACGGGGAGCCGCUCUCGCAGGGUCCUGAGCCCCCAGUGGACUCCGACAGGGUCCUUUCAAGCCCCGGCGCCGCCAGGCGCAGGCCCAUGCGCAAGUCCCAGUCGCAGCCCGGCCUGCGCUCGCUGGCCUACCGCAGGGAGUUCCAGGACGGCGGCCUGCGCAGCUUCAGCCUCUUCAGCUCCUUCGAGGAGAACGACAUCGAGAACCACUUGAUCGGUGGGCACCAUGUCGUGCAGCCCACGGACAUUGAGGAAAAUCGAACUAUGCUCUUCACGAUCGGCCAGUCUGAAGUUUACCUCAUCAGUCCUGACACCAAAAAAAUAGCAUUGGAGAAAAAUUUUAAGGAGAUAUCCUUUUGCUCUCAGGGCAUCCGACAUGUGGACCACUUCGGGUUUAUCUGCCGGGAGUCUUCGGGCAAUGGUGGCUUUCAUUUUGUCUGCUACGUGUUCCAGUGUGCGAACGAAGCUCUGGUUGAUGAAAUCAUGAUGACCCUCAAGCAGGCUUUCACGGUGGCCGCGGUACAGCAGACUGCGAAGGCGCCAGCCCAGCUGUGUGAGGCCUGCCCCUUGCAGGGUCUGCAUAAGCUCUGCGAGAGGAUAGAGGGAAUGAACUCUUCCAAAACCAAAUUAGAACUCCAGAAGCACCUGACUACACUGACUAAUCAGGAGCAGGCGACUAUUUUUGAAGAGGUGCAGAAAUUGAGACCAAGAAAUGAGCAGCGGGAAAAUGAAUUGAUCAUUUCUUUUCUGAGAUGUUUAUAUGAAGAGAAGCAAAAAGAACACAUUCAUUUUGGAGAGGUGAAGCAGACACCACAGAUUGCAGCAGAGAAUAUUGGUAGUGAAUUACCAACCAGCACCCCUCGAUUUAGGCUGGAUAUGCUGAAAAACAAAGCAAAGAGGUCUUUAACAGAGUCUCUAGAAAGUAUUUUGUCGCGGGGUAAUAAAGCCAGAGGCCUGCAGGAUCACUCCACCAGCGUGGAUCUGGACAGCUCUGUGUCUAGUACACUAAGUAGCACCAGCAAAGAGCCAUCCACCGGGGACAGAGAGGCCCUCCCCAUCUCUGAGAGCUCCUUCAAGCUCCUCGGCUCCUCAGAUGACCUGUCCAAUGACUCGGAGAGCCACACCCUGGAGGAGCCUGCCCCGCUGUCCCCGCAGCAGGCCUUCCGGAGGCGAGCCAACACCCUGAGCCACGUCCCUGUGCAGUGCCUGGUGCCUCCGGAGCCAGCCCAGGGGACUCCGGGAGCCAGCCAGAGGAAGCUCAUGAGGUAUCACUCGGUGAGCACGGAGACGCCUCACGAACGCAACGUGGACCAUGCAUCUGUGGGCCAGUCUAAGCGCUGCUCAGGGCAGACUUCCGAUUCUUCUCCUCCUCGUCUUAACCCCUCUGCCUCCUCGCCAAACUUUUUUAAGUAUCUAAAACAUAAUUCCAGUGGAGAACAAAGCGGGAAUGCUAUGCCGAAGAGCAUCUCGUACCGUAAUGCCCUGCGGAAAAAACUUCAUUCUUCUUCCUCUGUGCCAAAUUUUCUAAAAUUUCUGGCUCCUGUAGAUGAGAAUAACACCUCUGACUUUAUGAACACAAAAAGGGAUUUUGAGUCCAAAGCAAACCACCUGGGAGAUGUGGGUGAGACCCCUGUGAAGACCCGGCGGCACUCAUGGCGGCAGCAGAUCUUCCUGCGAGUGGCCACGCCGCAGAAGGCGAGUGACUCUCCUGGCAGAUAUGAAGAUUAUUCAGAGAUAGGAGAGCUUCCCCCGCGGUCUCCUUUGGAGCCAGUGUGUGAAGAUGGGUCCUUCGGCCCUGUACCGGAGGAAAGGAAGAGGUCUCCGAGGGAGCUGCGGGAGCUGUGGAGGAAGGCCAUUCUGCAGCAGAUUCUGCUGCUUAGGAUGGAGAAGGAAAACCAGAAGCUGCAAGCCUCUGAGAAUGAUUUGCUGAACAAGCGCCUAAAGCUCGAUUAUGAAGAAAUCACUCCCUGCCUUAAAGAAGUCACUGCAGUGUGGGAAAAGAUGCUUGGCUUUCCAGGAAGAUCAAAAAUUAAGUUCGAUAUGGAAAAAAUGCACUCUGCUGUGGGGCAAGGUGUGCCACGUCAUCACCGUGGUGAAAUCUGGAAAUUUCUGGCCGAGCAGUUCCAACUUAGACACCCAUUUCCUAGUAAACAGCAGCCAAAGGAUGUGCCCUACAAGGAACUCCUGAAGCAGCUCACCUCCCAGCAGCACGCUAUCCUCAUUGACCUGGGACGAACCUUUCCUACGCACCCUUACUUCUCUGCGCAGCUGGGAGCAGGGCAGCUGUCCCUUUACAACAUUCUGAAGGCCUACUCACUCCUCGACCAGGAAGUAGGAUAUUGCCAAGGCCUCAGCUUUGUAGCGGGCAUCCUGCUACUUCAUAUGAGUGAAGAAGAGGCAUUUAAAAUGCUCAAGUUUCUUAUGUUUGACAUGGGACUGCGGAAACAGUAUCGGCCAGACAUGAUUAUUUUGCAGAUGGAGAAGACCAUCAGUCAGGUGUUUGAGAUGGACAUUGCUAAACAGUUGCAGGCUUAUGAAGUUGAGUACCACGUGCUUCAAGAAGAGCUUAUUGAUUCCUCUCCUCUCAGUGACAACCAAAGAAUGGAUAAAUUAGAGAAAACCAACAGCAGCUUGCGUAAACAGAACCUUGACCUCCUUGAGCAGUUGCAGGUGGCGCAUGGUAAGAUCCAGAGCCUUGAAGCUACAGUCGAGAAACUCCUGACCAGCGAGAGCAAGCUGAAGCAGGCCGUGCUGGCCUUGGAGCUGGAGCGCACCACCCUGCUGCAGACGGUAGAGGAGCUGCAGAGGCGGCCCGAGGAGCCAAGCACAGGGUAGCCUGGUCACGGCCAGCCUGCGCCCACAGGUGACUGACAGCUCUGCAGAAAGAUCGCACACCCUCCUAACACUGUCCAGGCCUUAGUCGUGACAGACAGAAGAUGCUGGAGUGAGAGGAUGGAAUAUGAUGUGAACUUCUCAGGGAGGAAACUGGUUUGCCAACAGGCAAAUAUGUUUUUGAGCUCGGACUUGCAAAUCAGAAGGCAAAUGUCCCAGUGUUUAUUUUUGUUUUAGGUUCUUAUUCAUCCCUUCUCCAGUCCUAAUUACUGUACUUAGUAACUUUAGAUGGCAUGGACAUAAAUAAAUGCACCUUUAUGUUUUCUUGUUGUUUCCUCUUUGAGAAGCCCUGUGUUUGCAAAGAGCAUUCAUAAUGCUGAGAUUUCCAAAGCAGGAAAGGCUCAAGGUGAUCCCUCAAGCAAAAGUGUGGGUCUGUUGUUCAUAAAGGCAGAGUCCAUGUGUGACCACAGCCUUAGCGGCGCCGAGAAAGGGCAGUUGGCUCUUGUCCAUUCUUGUCAUGGAAACCUAGAUGAGCAUGGGGAAGGACUGACAGGGACUUACUUAAGUUGGCUAUCUUGAUGACUAUCAGUAAACUUGAUCUGUAUUUUGGUACUUAGUGAAGUCUGCUUUUAAAAACAAUUGGAGUGUUUUCCAUACAGUCUUGCUUGUCAGUUUAAGUCUAGUUGAUCAAAGUCAUGGUAGAUAAAUGUUUUAUGAAAAAUCACCAAUUUCAGGCUACCAGGUAUUGUUAGCAUGUGAUCUACAGUUGUGGGGUUUGAGAUAUUUAUUUUUUUGUGAUAAUUUCACACCCAUACUACAGAGUCAUGUAUUUAUUUUUGCCUGUUGUAUGAUGUAUCACAGCUAUGUAUUCCUUUGAGUCUCAACCUCUUGGAAAUCUGAUUCUUCUAGAAGGAGCAGGACGCAGCAAGAUUUUCAGGGCCUUGCAGAGAGUCCAGGCUGAAAUUGCAGUCCGACGUAUGGCAGCUAGCAAUUUUUCAGAGGUAGGAUGUAUACUUUGAACAUAGCUCACAACGACUCCCCUCCCUCUGGAUGAUGGCAACCCCGUGCCUUCAAGUGAAGUACUGCUCAUAGUUGCCCUGCCUUUGUUUCUUUACAAAGGCCCAGAGAACUGUGCAGGUGCAAGCUACCUCCUGGGCACAGGGAUCGUUUCUGGUCUUGACAUUCUAGUGGUGACCACAGGAGUUUCUUUGGACUGUGUUGGCAGCAGGAUCUUUUUUAUACCUGGGUGAGAGGGCAGAUUGCCAUACUCAAGAGUCAUUGUGAAUCUCCCCGCCAUUGCAAAAGUAGUUUAAAAUGUUCCCCUAGUGCCUAAAGGUUUGGUUGGCAUGUGAGACUCCUUCCUGGUUAGAGGAUAGCAGUUCUCAUCUUAAACCGUGAAGAUAAAUCCAAUCGCUGCUAUCCUAGUUGGUUCUGACAAAGCUUGGAUUAUUUAACAUUUGAGGGCUUUUUUCCACAUUGUAUUUUACUAUUUGAAUAUUUAAUAAUGUUGAAUUUUGGACAUCUUAUUGCUAUUCCUCAAAAACAUUGUGCAUUGAGAAACAAGCAAUAAAAUGAUAAGUAACUCAUG